GCGCAUGCGCAUUCGCCCCUAAAGUUGGGCCGCGGACGCCUCCCGUCGCUUCUCCAGCCCGGCUUGUCCCCGUCCCUCCCCCCCCGUCCCCGCCGCCGCCGCGAUGAUGAUGAUGGCGCUGAGCAAGACCUUCGGGCAGAAGCCAGUCAAGUUCCAGCUGGAGGAGGACGGCGAGUUCUACAUGAUCGGCUCCGAGGUGGGCAACUACCUGCGGAUGUUCCGGGGCUCUCUGUAUAAGCGAUACCCGUCGCUCUGGAGGCGCCUGGCCACAGUGGAGGAGCGCAAGAAGAUCGUCGCCUCGUCCCACGAAUCUCAGCGGAGUCACAGCCCCAGAAGAUAUCACGGUUAUACCACACUGGCCACUAGCGUGACUCUCUUGAAAGCAUCAGAAGUAGAAGAGAUCUUGGAUGGAAAUGAUGAGAAAUACAAGGCAGUCUCCAUCAGCACUGAGCCUCCCACCUACCUUAGAGAACAGAAGGCAAAAAGGAACAGCCAGUGGGUUCCAACCCUUCCAAACAGUUCCCACCACCUUGAUGCCGUGCCAUGCUCAACAACCAUUAACAGAAACCGGAUGGGCAGAGACAAGAAGAGAACCUUCCCUCUCUGCUUUGAUGACCAUGACCCAGCUGUGAUCCAUGAGAAUGCUUCUCAGCCGGAGGUGCUGGUUCCCAUCCGACUCGACAUGGAAAUAGAUGGGCAGAAACUGAGAGACGCUUUCACGUGGAACAUGAAUGAAAAACUAAUGACCCCAGAAAUGUUUUCGGAGAUUCUCUGUGAUGAUCUGGAUUUGAAUCCGCUGACCUUUGUCCCUGCGAUUGCAUCAGCGAUACGACAACAGAUCGAAUCUUAUCCUACAGACAGUAUUCUGGAGGACCAGUCAGAUCAACGUGUCAUUAUUAAGCUCAACAUCCACGUGGGGAACAUCUCCCUGGUGGACCAAUUUGAGUGGGACAUGUCUGAGAAGGAGAAUUCCCCUGAGAAGUUUGCCCUGAAGCUGUGCUCAGAGCUUGGGCUGGGCGGCGAGUUCGUCACCACCAUAGCUUACAGCAUCCGGGGCCAGCUGAGCUGGCAUCAGAAGACAUAUGCAUUCAGCGAGAAUCCUCUGCCAACAGUGGAGAUUGCCAUUCGCAACACCGGGGAUGCUGACCAGUGGUGCCCUCUGCUUGAAACCCUGACAGAUGCAGAAAUGGAGAAGAAAAUCCGAGACCAAGACCGAAACACAAGGCGCAUGAGGCGUUUGGCUAACACAGCUCCAGCUUGGUAAGCCUCCAGAUGUGGACGAGAGUAGUCAGUCUCCAGGCUGUCUUCAUGAAGAGGCAAGCAUUUGUUUUGCUUUACAUGCCCACCUGGAGAUGGGCAGUAUUUGCAUUGGCUGGCCCAGCAAACCAGAGGGGUGGUGACCUCUCCUCCUUCCACCUCAUGGCUUCCUGUUGAACAAGGGGUCCAAUAAAGACCUGUGGCAGCUGUCUGAGCCCUUCUCUCCCUCCCCCCCCCAAAAAAAAACACCUUAGGAAAAGUUUUUAAAUAAAAGAAAUGAAUUAUA